ACCCUCUCUUCUCAAGUUUCCCUUUCCACUCUCUUUACCUCAUCAUUACCACUAUCUUUGGGUGGGGGGUGAGGAUGUUAUUAUAAUACUCUCACCCUUCCAAUCUUUUUAACUUGCUUUCUUUUCAAAAUCUACAAUCACAAAAUUAACACAUACAUUCGUCAAACAAGAGUUUAUACAUACAUGUGAUAAUGGUUUUCUUUCUCUAUGUGCCUAUUCUUCUUUCACUUUCUUUCUCGUUCCUUCUCCAUGUGUUUAAGAAGCAUAUUCACAUUUCCUUAUUGGAUCUUGUCACCACCUUCAACUCUACCAACAUAAUGAUUGACAACUACAAGCUUUAUCCCAAUCAGAUUGGUUUUAUUGAAGAUGUUAGUGAAGGGAUUGAAGGGUUUAUGACUUGCACCAAAAAUCUUGGUUUCCAAAGCAUUGAUAUUAGUGAUAAAAUCGAUGAUAAUGACAAUAAUAAUGAUGAUGAGGAUGAAGAUAAUUGUUGGAGGAAAACAAGGGUGACAGAAGGUAAAGGAAACUUUCCUCCACCACUUUCGUUGUUGAAUGGGAAUGGACAACCUAGUUUCAUUCUUGUACCGGUAAGGAAAAAUGGAAGGUUACAACUCAGCAAAGUAAGAAUUAAGAAACCAAAAAUUCUCUAUGCUACCCGACAAGAUGGACGAUUGAAAUUGUUCCUCGUUCCAGAUCAAUGUGUAAAGGAUAAUGCACAAGAAGAUGAGAAAGAACAAGAACAAGAACUAGUAGAUGACAUGGAGGAACAUACAGAGGAGGAAGAAGGCAUGAUGAUAGUAGAAUCAAUGGAGGAAGAGGAAGAAGAAGAUGAUGAUGAAGUGGUUGAAGAGAUUACCUAUUAUGAGCAAAAGGAUUUUAGGAUUGGAGAGUGGAAGUUUCCUAACGAAAGAUCUAGGAAGUGUCAUGAAGUUUUGAAUCAUAUUCAAAGCCAUCAUCAUCAUCAUGGUCAUGGGAGUCAUCACCACCUACAUAUGUAUGGAUUUAGCAUUGCAUGAGAUCAAGUUGGAGGUUCCUAUGGUUGCCCCACUUUUGUUUCAUGGAGUAUGUAAAUUUGUGAUUGUAGAUUUAAUUGUGUCUCCUCAAUGUUUGCACUAAAUUUGUCACACGAAACACACACAAGAAUCCAUUUUGCAUCCAAAGUGUAAAUACAUAAACACUAUGGCAUUGUUUC